AUGGAUGAAAUAAAUAAUUUAAAUAAUAAUAAUAAUAAUAAUAAUAAUAAUAAUAAUAAUAAUAAUAAUAAUAAUAAUAAUAAUAAAAUUAAUAGAAAUAACUCAACAGUUAGAUUCAAUGAAAAUUCAUUGUUAGUAAAAAGUAGAAGUAAUAGUGGUGGUAGUAGUGGUAGUGGUAGUGGUAGUGGUGGUGGAGUAAUUGGUAGUAAUAAUAAUAGUCCACUAAUUUCAUCAUUACCAUCUGAGAAUUUCACCUAUUUAUCACCUGGAAUAAUGAGAAGAUGUGUUUAUUUUAAAAUGAAACAAAAAUUUAAAUCAUUUAUAUUACAUUUAGAUUUCAAUUUUAAAGUUUUAAAAAUUAUUAGAAAAGGAAAAAAUUUUAAAACUAUUCAUUUCACUGCUUUUGAAACACCAAUUUCAAAUCCAUAUUUAGAUGUAUUAACUUUCAAAACAAAAGAUUUUAAAUCAAAUUCAGAAUAUCCUGUAAAUGCCAUCCCAAUAACCAAUUUGAAAAUUAAAAUUUUUGAUGAUACAGGUUUAAUAUUAAGAAAUGAAAAUAGGGUUUAUUAUUUGAAAGCGUUGGGUGAAAAUGAAAGGGAUGAAUUGUAUAAUAAAUUAUCAACUAUAGGAAUGCAUAAGAGAAGGAAAUCUAUAAUAUUUGAAAGAAAAAAAUCAAUACAAUUAAAUAUUUUACCAAAUCAAAGUUUUAAAUACUAUCCAUCAAACUUUUUAGAACUCCAUCAUUUAUUUCAACAACCUUCAAUUUCAUUAAAAGAGAUUCAUUUAAAGAAUAUCUGUAGCUUACAAAAUUCAUCAUUUGAAAAUAAACCUAACAGCGAUAAUAAUAAUAAUAUUAAUAAUAAUAAAACUAAUAAUAAUAAUAGUAUAUCAUUAAUUGAAACAACUGGUGAAGCAAUUGAUAAUAUUGAGGAAAUUUAUAGCAAAAAAAAGAAAAAGAAAAGAAUGAUAUCAAGACAAUCAGUUCAAGAUUUAAUAAAGAAAUUCAAUUCAAUCAAUUCAAAUAUUAAUAUUAAUAAUCCGUACUAUUUAAAUAAUAAUGAAAUCUAUAUGAAAUUAAUACACAGAAUUGAUGUACUAAAUGAAACUUGUGAUGAAAUUAUAGAAUUCCUUCAAGAGAAUGGUAAAGAUAUUCCACUCUCAGUUUUAUUAAAUUUAUUAAAUAUAUUUCAAGAUUCACAAUUUGAAUCAAAUCCUUCUCCAAAUAUUUGUAUUUCAAAUCCUAUAAAUAAUAAUUGUAAUAAUAAUAAUAAUAAUAAUAAUAAUAAUAAUAAUAAUAAUAAUAAUAAUAAUAACAAUAACAAUAAUAAUAAUUAUACAAAUGGAACUUUUUCACCUGGAUUUGGUAAUUUUAAAUUGGAUUCAAAUUCUUCUCCACUUUUAACAUCAAUUCAAAAUCAACAACAUUUAUUGCCAAUUAAAUCACACCAACAACUACAACAACAACAACCACAACAACAGUCUAAUUCAUCAUCAAUAAAUAUACAACAACAACAGCAACAACAACAGCAACAACAAAAAAUAGAUGGAGAAUUUAAAGGAAAAGGAUUAAGCAAUUCAAUUGAAGCUCAAUUAUUUUCAGAAGAGGAGGAGGGAUUGUCAUCAGAUUCUGAAGAGUAUGAAGAAACUGACACUUUUAGCGAUAAUGAUGAGGAUCAUUCUUCACCUGAUACUACCACAAAUACAUUUAAUAGUAAUAACAUCACCAUUAAUAAUAAUAAUAACAUUAAUAAUAAUAAUAAUAAUAAUAAUAAUAAUAAUAAUAAUAAUAAUAAUAAUAAUAAUAAUAAUAAUAAUAAUAAUAAUAAUAAUACAUAUGAUGAUGAUAAGAAUAAUGAUAAUGACAAUAAUAAUAAAAAUAAAAACAAUAAAAAUAGUAAUAAUAAAAAUAAUUUAGAAUUCUUUACAAUUGUUGCAUCAGUGCCAUACGAAACGGAUUCAAUGUCAUCACCAACAAUAAUAAAUUCAAAUCCUUUCCAAAGAGAUGAAUAUUGUACUGGUUCAGUAGAUACUCCAGUUACUCAUCUCGAGCCAUCUUAUAUAACUAAAACUACAACUGUAAAAACUACUACCACAACUAAAAAGAUACCUCAACAACAACAACAACAACAAAAUAAUCAGAUUGAAAAUAGUAAAUCAAUAGUUGAGUCAGAUAUAAAACAACUACCAUUUGAUCAACAAUCACAUCAAAAUCAACAACACCAAAAUUCCACACCAAGAAGUUUUAAUCUUUCCCCAAAGUUUAACUCUUCAACAUGUACUGUAAAUAGAACUCCAGUUGAUAACAAUGCAAGCGAUUUAAAAUCAAGUUUGGAUAUGAGAAGAUACUCUAGAGAUUUAAUACCAACCAAAAUCACAACAUAA